AUGUCAAGUGAAUCAACUCCGGCCAAAUGGGACGCCUUACUGGCCACCCAUCAUCAAGAGCUGACUGAAGAUUAUAUAUCUUCAAAUCCUCACUCCCAAGAAGCUUUUGACAAAGCUAGACGGAUACUUCCCGGCGGCAAUACCCGCUCAGUCUUAUAUGCGGUGCCAUUCCCACUGUGUACCCAGUCUGCUCAUGACGCUUUCAUCACGUCAAUUGACGGCAAAGAGUAUGUGGACUUUGUUUCUGAUUUCUCUGCUUGCCUUUUUGGUCAUUCUCAUCCGACGAUCGCUCGAGCCAUCGAUGGGGCCUUGAAAUUUGGAUUCAGCCUAGGAGCGAUUACCCAGAAAGAAACAGAUCUCGCGUAUAAACUUCAGCAGCGUUUUAACAGCAUUGAGCGAGUUCGUUACUGUAACUCUGGAACCGAAGCAAAUAUUUACGCCAUUGCAGCUGCUAAGGCUUUUACAAGAAAGUCAAAGGUCCUCGUAUUUCAGAACGGUUAUCAUGGUGGAGUUCUGAGCUUCGGCACCACCGGUAAUACGACCAACAUACCUCACGAGUUCAUCAUCGGUAAAUUCAACAACAUCGAGGCGACUGAGCCACUGAUUAGCCCUGAUCUGGCAGUCAUUCUGGUAGAGCCAAUGCAAUCCGCCGGCGGAAUGCAACUUGCAUCCAAAGAAUUCCUGGCCUUCCUUCGAUCGGCCGCAGACAAGACCGGUGCAGUGCUCAUCUUCGACGAAGUUGUUACUUCCAGACUACACUAUAAUGGUCUGCAAGGUCACUUUGGGAUUAAACCAGACAUGACCACGCUAGGAAAAUACCUUGGCGGCGGUCUGUCGUUUGGUGCGUUCGGCGGUCGUGAUGCUAUCAUGAGCCUGUUCGAUCCGGCCAAACCUCACAAUGAUAGUCCGCUGCAGCACUCGGGCACAUUCAACAAUAACAUCUUCACCAUGAGUGCAGCCCUUGCGGCUGCGGAAAUUGUGACUCCCGAAGAGAUCCAACGCAUCAACAAUUUAGGCGAUCGACUACGACAGGGGGAAAUCAGAUUAUCCGUGAAGCCGGAUUUAGCAGCGAAUUGGUGA